AUGGCAUCCUUCAAACCCAAAUUCCAAAUUUCCGGUGUAAAAUUCAUAAAGAGUCACUAUUCUCAGGAAAACUACAAUCCCUCAAUAUUGCUCAGAAGUCCUGCAAGUAUCGGGGCCAACGUAAACGCCCGAUCUUUCUGGUUCUGGAAGAAGAAAUCGGUCGAGUAUGGUAGCGGUAACUGCGGAUUGCGUGCGCCACCUAGCGUAGAUCUCGUUUGCAAGGGUUGCGAGUCCAAGUGUAUCGAGUUUGAGGAGAUGAAAAGGAAGAGGAAAUUUUUCACCUUUAAAAAGAGGCCGGAGCCGAAAAAGAAGCCGGACAAUUGCGAGGAGGAGGAGGAGAAACCUGCGGAGGAGAAGUACACGUUGUGGGAGACGAUCUUCGGCCCGAAUCCGAAGAGAUUUUGGCCUGACCCGUGUACGUGUAAACUGGCGCUCAGGGAGAAGAGGAAUAGAAGGAUAUGCGAUCCGAGGUUGCGGGAUUCACGAUACGAGUUGACGUCCGGCGAUGUGUUUCUGUACACGGAAAUGAUAAAACCGUAUCCGAAAGGUUGCGAGGAACCCCAACCGAAGCCUCCGCCGGCCUACAAGAUACCCAGAGCGGCAUUGUCCAAAAUGUUGAGCUCAGCCAAUAUGACAUCGAUCAACCGCAUGCUAAUCAAUCAGCUAAACCAGGGUAAAGGGAACGCGAACUAUUUGGAACCGUGUAGAAUGCCGUAUGAUGAAUUGAGGCCGGUUGAGAAAAAGAGGAAGGCGUUCAAUUGUCUGUCGGGUGUACGAUCGAAAGAUAUUGUUCAACCGAUGAAUAACGAUUUUCAUUCUCACAAAGUUCCCCAACAACAACAGCAGCAACAACAACAAGUGGCGGAAAAGCCGGAAAUAUUGAAAAUUUGCGAGCAAGCUAGGGAAAAGAGAAAAGCAUCGUCCGAUUCUAAAAUGAAAACCGACUCGAGUGAAAGCGGUCAAAAAUUAUCUAGAAUAGAGCAGUUGAAAAUGCAAAUUAAGCAAAAAGAUAUGUUUGAUUAUAAUUCGUGUUCCCCCGCUAUUUGAUAUUGAAAUUGAAAAUUCAUUUUGCCGUGAUUAAAUAAGUAACUUGGAACGUAACUUCAGAGAACAAAUUUUGGUGAUAUAUAAUUUUGGUGACGUAUG